AUGGGGGUGGGGUGGCGCCCGCGGACUGGGGGCCCUAGUGGGGGCCGGCCGCGGUGGCGCCGCGGUCCAUGCGGCCCUGAGGCUCCGACCCGGCGCUGCCCGCUGCUCCCGCCGCCGGCCUCUCACGCUGCCAUGUGCGCCCGCAGCGGCGCGGUGCGGGCCCGGGGACGCGCCCGGCCGGCGGGACAGAGCGAGCCGAGCGCAGCUGCCGCCUGUCCUCCUCCGCCGCGCUGCGCGCUGCGCCCUCCACGCCGCCGCCUGCAACCACCGCCUCCUCCUCUUCCUCCCCCUUGGCCGGGCGCCGUCCCCACUCUCCGCUGCGGCGUUCUGCGCUCUCUCGCUUUGCGACUUCUGCCUCCGCCAGGUGCGGCUCGGGCGGUGCAGGUAACCGCGCUGCCCCGGAAACAGGAGGCGGAGCGCUGGGCGCCUGGGUUCCCGGGUCCCCUCCCCGCGCCCAGCGCUGCGAGGGCGGGUCCUAGGACCCAAGACGCGCCCCCUCGUGGGACAGUCCGAACCGCCGGCCGCCCCUAGGCCGCCCCUGCCAGGGGAAAGGGAGACCACCACUUACCUGGAUCCCGGACGCGGACUGGAUCCCCAGGUGACUGGAGCAAGAGCCGCUACGCCCCUGCUUCCCAACGCUCCUGGCUCUGCACCUCGCGUCUAGGUACAGUUCCCAGACCUACCGUAGUCUGGAUCUGGAAUACUAUGGAUGGUGAUGAAUGCUUGUCUCUGUUGAUGCUUGCUUCAUAAGUAUUCUGCUAAGAAGCAGGAGCUCUGGAAUCUGUUUGGGGCCACAUCUGCCCUGUUUUCUCCCAGUGUGACCGUGACUGAACUGCAGGAAUGUGAACUGAAGACAAGAAGCCCAGCCUCUCCCAGCCUUCCUGUUGGGGCCGUGUCUGGCUGCCCGUGAGCUGAGCUGGAGGUAUGGCCGGUACUGGAGCUGAGCAGAAGUGACCACAGGACAAGCCUUUCCUCAUUCGCUUUCAC